GGCCCCGCGGACAUGGCGGCGGACGCGGCGGCGGCGCCCGACUACGAGUCGGCGGAGCUGUACACGCGCGCGUUCCGCGUGGGCGCCCUGGGCCUCGGCUGGCGGCAGCAGCUGGGGCCGCCCGACCUCUCGCUGGCGGCGGAGGCGGAGGAGGCGGCGGAGGAGGCGGAGGAGGCGGACGCGGCCGUGGCGGCGGCGCUGGGCUGCGCGCUGGGCACGGCGGCCGAGCUGCGCGCCGUCUGCAGCAUUGAUAUGUUAAUGUCUUCUGAAAAAGAAGAGGACCCAGAUGUUAUUCCUGAAGAUAGCAGCCUACUCACUCUUCGAAUUAGAAAGAAGGCCUUAGAAAGGAGAGAAGAAACAAUUAUUGUGGAUCGAGCUUGCAGACAAGAGACUCUUGCCUAUGAGAUGGAGUCACAUGCAACUGGAAAGAGGCCAGACAAUGCAACAGAUCUAAUUGAGGAGGGAGAACUACUUUUAACUCUGAACAUCUUUUAUCCUGUUAUAUUUCAGAAGCAUAAAGAUCACAAACCCUACCAAACAGUCCUUGUGCUGGGCAGCCAGAAGCUCACUGAGCUGAGAGACUCGAUUUCCUGCGUCAGUGACCUCCAGAUAGGUGGUGAGUUCAGCAGUCAGCCAGAUCAAGCACCAGAGCACAUCAGCAAGGAUCUCUACAAAUCUGCCUUCUUCUACUUUGAAGGCAUCUUCUAUAAUGAUAAAAGAUACCCAGAGUGCAGAGAUCUGAGCAGAACAAUUAUAGAGUGGUCAGAAUCUCAUGACAGAGGCUAUGAAAAUCUUCAGUCUGUUAAGAUGGAGGAUUAUGUAUUUAAUGAUUUAUCCCUCAAAAUUGGCUUUCCAUACCUUUACUGCCACCAAGGGAACUGUGAACACAUCAUUAUAAUCACAGAUAUAAGGCUUAUCCAUCAUGAUGACUGUCUGGAUAGGAAUCUGUAUCCCUUACUAGUCAAGAAACAUUGGCUAUGUACCAGAAAAUGCUUUGUGUGCAAGAUGUAUACAGCAAGGUGGGUAACCAACAGAGACAGUCUGGCACCCGAGGAUCCUUGUUUCUUCUGUGAUGUUUGUUUUCGGAUGCUCCACUAUGAUGCAGAAGGCAAUAAACUGGGGGAGUUUCUUGCAUAUCCUUAUGUUGAUCCUGGGAUUUUCAAUUGAAACUGACAUGCGCCAGGAUUAAUUCAGUGAAUGGCAUUGUUGAAUCUGUUGCUCUAGCUGCUAAAACCACUGGACAGCUUGAGAUUUGAGCCUACUGCUGGGUUUCAGGUUAGGCAUGUAAUCCUUUCCUGUGAGCUAGAACGAGCCCUUUGCACUUGAUGUCUAUCUAGUGUGUUUUUCUGAGUAAGUAUGAUUUUACAGAUAAGUUGGCAUGGAAAAAUAUAAUACACUUUUACAACAUUACAGUUUGGAUGCUACGGACUGUAAAAUGUGGAUUUGUGAGAAUACCUGGCAAAAGAAACCAUGAUUUCGAGAUGCUCUGUGCAUCCAAGGCUCUGUAAACCCCUGAGGAUGAGAACAUGGUCUGUAUAUAUCUUACCUUGAAAACUCAGGCAGUUGCCAUAUUUGAAUAAGGGUGGAUGGCACUGAAUUUGAAGGGAGGAGAAUGUUUGUGGGAGAGAAGCUCAGAAUGCCGGUUAAACUCUUGGGUCUUUCCUACAAAUGAAAGCUUGCAUCUGAAGGCUUCUGCUGUCCUUGGCUUCUGACUCUGAGGACUGAUUCUGUAAAGAGGAAACUACAUUUCACCAUUUUACUGAAUUGUAGCCUGCCUUUUAAAUAAUUUUGUCAAGUGUUUACAGUGUAUGCAAUGUUCAUUGUGCACGUUUUUUAGUAUCAUUCUGUUGUUGAAAGUAAUGUUUUAUUUUAUUAAAAUGUGAUUUUAUAGUUCCUAGUCUCUUGUUAAACUGAAACUCUGUCAAGGCAUACAUUCUUUUUUUUUUAAAGUCUUCUGGAAUUAAAAGGAUAUUAGCGGAGAUCUUUGUUGUUUAGAGAAGUUAGCACUAGCUGCUUUUCUUUUGAAAACUUCAGCUAGUUCUGGUUGGGGGAAGACAGCCUACUCUGACAAUCCACAUACAGAAAAGUGACAAACUGAAUCCUGUUCAGGUUCUGUGGCUGUAGAUUCUGCCACUGCUGACUUGAUUAUCUUAGAUGUCUUGAAACAAAGGUAUCUGAAGCAUUUGCAGGGCUCCAUUGGUCACUCCCAUAUCUUACUGCUUUCUGGUGAUGUAUUAAGUCAUGUUAACAUAAAUCCGUGAUUUUUUUAGAGACAACAAAAAGAAGUGGGGGUUUUUUCCUGACUUGUAAACCAGCCAGCUGUUGGCCUGUGUAUUUUAAUGAACCAGCCACUUGUAAAAGCAGGUAGUGAUAGUUCUCAUAUCCUUCAGGAAUCUGCAGAAAAGGGAGUGCCCUGCCCAUCUCAACUGUGACAAGUCCAACUGCUGGGGCUGGGCUGCUUUGUGGUGCUGCAGCAGCUGCUUUAAAGGUCCUCUACUAUGCCACUGUGGUUGCAACUUCAGCAUUUGCCUCACAAGUUGCUACUCCUUAUCUUUCCCCUAUCUCAUCCUCCUUCAGCUGUCUCCCAUAAAUAUACAGGCUUCCUAGUCCUCUUCAGUAUUGGAUCGGGGGUAAUACAGAGAACAAGCUUGAGUUCUAAAGCAGCAAUCAGUAGUCUUUUUGUGGGAGCAUUUUUUUUCUUUAGCUGUAGAGAGAAGGGAAUGGCAAAAUGUGAGUUUACUCUUUCAUUAAAUUAACUUGCCUCAAA